AUGAUGGGGGUUGGAGGGGAGGUGAGGUAUCACAACACACAAUCCGCAAGUGUGGUGAUGCUGCUGUGUCCAAAGUGGCGAGAACUCCCCAGAAUGCUGGGCGAAAAUUUUGGGGAUGUCGGCAUUACAAGGGUGGAUCUUCAAGAGGGAUUUACUGCAACUUUUUCAAAUGGUGUGCUGAAGAAAAUAAUGAGGAAAGAGAUGAUGAAAGUUGUGGUGGCUGCGGGGAUUGAGGAUUGGGUUGUUGUGUUUGUGAGUCAGAGGGACAUGCUGGUUCUGGCUGAACUCCACGGUCUCGUUCAACUUCCCGUUGGCGGCCUCGUACCCUUCAGAGAAAUAUCUGGCUCCGAUGAUUUCCGGUUGCAUGAGGUAGCCGCGAAGCUCUUCCCGGCGACGCACUCGCCCUUCCAUCUCGUGCAGCAACCCGGCACGAUCGGCGGUGGUGAGACCAAGGAACUGACGGGAGCGCGUGGUGUGAAGUUGUCGAACCUAUUUGGGUAUGAGAGUGAUGACGUGGCUGAACGCCUGCAGCUUCUGUGCCUCACAAGUUCUGCUCUUCUGAAAUUCUCUGAACACUGUCAGGUUUUUCUUUCUCUCUCUGAAUUUCUCUAUUUUUCCUUUUUAUGUUUAAAUAUAUAUUUUUUCUCUCUCCUCACUCAAAAAUCACCACCACCAAACCCUCCUCCAGCACCACCACCUGCUCCUCCUCACGGAGCCUCAUCAACCAUUCUAGCCACACCGUCGACCACCCCUCUCUUUCAAAAAUCCAUCACGUGCGACCAGAAAUUAGGUCUUCCCAUCUCCAUUCACACUCUCUCCGCCGAUGUACCACAGUCAGAUAUCUUUGUCGGUCCCUUCCUGGACACCUCUGCCCUCCUCAAACCACUACGCCAGCUCCUCCUCCAACGCCGCCCGCAUUGCAUCGUCGUCAACAUGUUCCAUCGCUGGGCCGGCGAAGUCGUUUACGAGCUCGGAAUCCCCAGAAUCCUCUUCAACGGCAUCGGGUGCUUCGCUCUCUACGUCCAGGAGAACUUCAGACAUGUCGUUUUUGAGAGUGUGAGUUCAGACUCGGAGCCUUUCCUCGUUCCUAAUAUUCCCGACAGAAUCGAAAUGACGAUGUCUCAGCUUCCUCCUUUUCUGAGAAACCCAUAUGAGAUUCCUGAAAGGGUGAGGGGCAUGAAGCAAUUAGAGGAGAAGAGUUUUGGCACUCUUAUCAACAAUUUCUACGACUUGGAACCAACUUAUGUUGAUCUAAUAAAAAGCAAGUGGGGAAAUAAAGCAUGGAUUGUAGGACCAGUGUCCUUUUGCAACAAAACCAAAGAGGAUAAAUCCAAAAGAGGGAAGCCACCCACCAUCGACGAACAAAAUUGCCUGAAUUGGUUAAACUCUAAGAAACCCAGUUCUGUUCUUUACGCCAGCUUUGGAAGCCUGGCUCGGUUGCCCCCUGAGCAACUGAUGGAGAUUGCUUACGGCUUGGAAGCCUCUGAGCAAUCGUUCAUUUGGGUGGUGGGGAACAGAGGCGAAAGGGCAUUCAACUUGCCUAAGGACAUUCAACUUGCUCAAAGAAUCAGAGGCGAAAGGGCUUAGUUUUAAACCUCAUUUUUUUUGCCUUUAGGGUUUGUGUGUUCUUCAGUCAUUGAUAGUUUUUAUGUGUGCAUCUUAGAAUAUGGAGUUGGUGAAUUCUUCCAGUGACAC